AUGAAUCUCUCGCUGGUUGAUCCAUUUGUCCUCGCGCAGGACUGCCCCGAUGUCAUCACCGGCCGCCUACGCAGCGGCCACUCGACGUCAAUUCGCUUCAGCCACCGCGGCGAUCUGCUUGCAUCCGGACGGCACGAUGGCAUCGUCGUCAUAUUCGACAUUGAGACAAACGGCGUUGCGCGCAAGCUGCGCGGCCACACGCGCCAGGUCCAGUCUCUUAGCUGGUCGACCAACGAUCGCUAUCUUCUGAGCGCCGGACAGGACUGGAAGUGCGUGCUCUGGGACUUGAAGGAUGGCUCGCGGGUGCGCACCGUCCGCUUCGAAGCGGCCAUCUUUAUAGCGGAGCUGCACCCAAAGAACCACAUGCUCUUUGUAGCCGCCCUCUUCGAAGACCAGCCCGUCAUCGUCGACAUGUCCGAAGAAGUCCCCGUCAAACACUCACUCUCGUCCGCGCCCCAUCGAACCGACAUAGAACGCGAGAAUGCCUCCGAGAAGCAGACGGCGCAAGACGCCAAGCAGACGACCACCAUGACGCUCUUUACACCGACGGGCCAGCACAUCAUAGCAGGCACCAACAAGGGGUGGCUGAACAUCAUAGACACCGAGACACACGCCGUCCGCUACUCGUUCCGGGUCACCAACAACAUCAUCGUAUACAUCCGCAUGACGCCAUCAGGGAGGGACGUCGUGCUCAAUUCGAGCGAUCGCAUUGUCAGGACACUCCACCUACCCGACCUGAGCGACCCAAAGUUGGACUUUGACACACUGCAGCUGGAAGUCGAGCACAAGUUCCAGGAUCUUGUGCAGAGGCUCUCGUGGAAUCACGUAUCAUUCAGUCCUACAGGCGAAUACGUCACAGCAUCUACCUGGAUGAACCACCACAUCUACGUCUGGGAGCGUGGCCAGGGCAGUUUAGUCAAGAUCCUAGAAGGCACCAAGGAAGAGCUCUCCGUAGUCGAGUGGCACCCAUUCCGACCCUUCGUCGCCGCCGUCGGAGUCGACUCAGGCCGCGUCUGGCUCUGGUCGAUCCUCCAGCCGCAACGCUGGUCCGCCCUCGCCCCCGACUUCGUCGAAGUAGAAGAAAACGUAGAAUACAUCGAGCGCGAAGACGAAUUCGACAUCCAGCCCCUCGAAGAACUGCACAAGCGGCGUCUAAACGCCGAAGAUGAAGAGGUCGACGUCCUCACCGUAGACCCUGUUAAGACCUCGGCCACGGAAUUCGGACCGGCGAUUGGCGACGCAGAGUUCAGGAUGCCGGUCUUGUUGGAUAUCGAGGCGAGCGAUAGUGAAGAUGAGGUGGUGGCUGUGGGUGCUGGUCAGUUCAGACGGCGCAGUCCUGGCGCUAAUAAGGAGUGGAUGAAUGAUGAUGAGGUGGCGGUUAGUGGUGAUGAGGCAAGGAGAGCUAACGGUACUGCAGUGAACGGGACGAAGAGACGGCGAGGCUGA